UUGUUUUCGAUUUAGCUAAAUAAAAUAUCAUGGCUGAUGACGACCGCGACGAUCAGAAGGAGUACCGUUGGGAGACGGGAUAUGAGAAGACAUGGGAAGCCAUCAAGGACGACGAGGAUGGGCUGCUCGAUGGGGCAAUCGCGGAUAUUAUCCAGAAGGCCAAGCGUCAGCGGCAGGCGCAAAAGACGAAACAGAAUCGUCUGGGAAUGAUGCGACAUCUAUUCAUCAUACUCGACUGCUCCGAGUCGAUGAGCGUGCCUGAUCUGAAGCCCACGCGCCUACGCUGCACCAUCAAGCUGCUCGAACAGUUCAUCGAAGAGUUCUUUGACCAGAAUCCUAUUAGCCAGAUGGGCAUUAUUGCUCUAAAGGCGAAGCGUGCUGAGAAAAUAACCGAAUUGACCGGCACCUCGCGUGUGCAUCUCAAGGCAUUGGAAGGCCUAGCAAAUGUGCCUUUGACCAGCGAGCCAUCGCUGCAGAACGGCUUGGAUUUGGCAUUGAAAACCCUCAAAGUUGUUCCAUCGCAUGCUUCGCGGGAGAUUGUCAUCGUGAUGGGCUCCCUCACCACCUGCGAUCCCGUGGACAUUAAUCUAACUAUCGAUGAGCUGAAGAAGGAGGGUAUACGCUGUUCGGUAAUCUCAUUGUCGGCAGAGAUUCAUAUCGCCCGCUACCUCACCCAACAGACUAGGGGCACAUUCGGCGCUGUCCUGGACGAUGCUCAUUUUAGAGAUCAACUGAUGUCCCAGGUGGAUCCGCCGCCUGCGGCCAAGACUCAGCACAAUUCCCUCAUCCGUAUGGGCUUUCCGCACACCAAGAACGAGGUGGAGGGCAAGGAUGCACCGCUCUCGAUGUGCAUGUGCCACAUAGAGAAUCUGGAGGAGCCCAGCGAGCUCUGCACCACCGGACACCACUGUCCACAAUGCAAUAGCAAGUACUGCGAACUGCCCGUGGAGUGUCAGUCGUGUGGUCUUACGCUAGUCUCGGCUCCACAUCUUGCCCGCUCGUACCAUCAUCUGUUCCCUGUUCCCAACUUCGAGGAAAUUCCGUUCGAUUCUUUGCCGAAAGCCUCCUCGGACCGUGGUGGGACCGGCACCGGGACCACGGAAUGCUACGCUUGCAUGAAACUCUUCGUCCCAGUCGCAGACAAGACUGUUUUCAAGUGCGGCUUCUGCAAGCAGUUCUUCUGCCUCGAUUGUGAUAUCUUCAUUCACGACACCUUGCACGCCUGUGUGGGCUGCAACACCAUACCAGGCGUCGAUGGCCUGGUCUAUCAGCAGAGCUCCAAGUCCGUCUCGGACUCUCACCACCAGGCGCAGGCGCACGAUUUGCACCCAGGAACGUCCAAGCAACGUGGACAGUUUAGCAUAUAACUACAUAUAACUACACUACCGCAAAUCUGGCCAUCUGCACUGUAAAUAGUUACUAAAACUCCAUCGUAGCAUAGGGCGAAUACACACCGAUACAGUUCAA